UUUCGGCCCGGACAGUAGCACGGCCAGCAGUGAAAGUGAGAAAUAACUCCGUAAACUUGGGAUACUUCUGACAGCGAGGACUGAUGAGCGAACAAAAACACAUAUGAAGGGCAGCAGGAUGAAUGUGGAGACUCUCAGUAAAGCUGAACUUCUGAUGCUGCUCAGCAUUCUGGAAGGAGAACUGGAAGCACAAGAUGUAGUCAUACACACACUCAGGGCACAACAGAGAGAUGCAUUUGUACAGGAGCGAUAUGGACAUUACAACCUCCGUGACCCCUUCAUAGCACUGCUGAGGGACAGCGAACUGUCGCAGGCUCAGGAUGAUGGUCCCGUGUGUCUGAACCCGCUGGGCGUGUUGAAGCUAGUGAUGGCCCACUGCACCAACAUGAAGGAGAAAUUGCUGAAACAGCUCGCUGCUGCAGAGAGGAGACACAGACUGGUAAUAGCUGAUUUAGAAGAAGAGAAACGACGACGUGCUCAAGACAAUGCUGCGGGUGAUGACAUCACUGCCAUGCUGGAGAAGGAACGAGACAGACUACUGCAACAGCUGGAGUUUGAGAGGGCUCAAGUCGAACGUUUAGAACGUGAGCAGUCAGUCCUGUCGAAUCAAGCUGAGGAGGAUUUAGCGCAGCAGCAGCAGUUAUCCUCGACCCUGGCGAAAGAAUGUCAGAAGGCUACAGCACAGGCAGAGGAGGAGAGCCGGCGGGUUGCAGAGCUCAGCCGCCAGCUGGAACAGGAGAGCAGUACUAUCAAAACCCUAAAGGGGGAGCUGGAGAGCGAACGUGCUCAUGCUCAGCAGAUAGAGGCGAGAGGUGAGAGAAAGCUAGCCGAAUUGGAUACAGAGCGCGAGCAGAUGAGAGGGAAACUACAGAAGGAAGAAAAACUAUAUCAGGAGCUUUUAGAGAAGUUCAAUAGUCUAAAGAAAGAGUUGGAUGAAAUGAAAGAAAGAGAAAAGGCAGGGCUGGAAGAGGACAAUGAAGAAAAGGUAAAAACUCCACAGAAAGCAACCACAGGUGUCAUGCCUCCUCUUAGUCAAACAGAAGUCGAUGGCAAAACCAUUGCAUCUAAAUCAUCUCCACAACACAAGCUAAAUGGUCACCACACUCCCAGAGAACCAGAGUCUCCAGCAGACGAGAGGUGCAAGGAAGAGGGAUCGGUGGACAAUGGGGUAGUGCUCCCUGGAGGAAGUGGAGCCUUGCAGUGUCUCUCCCCCAGCAGUCCUGCCUCGUCCUCCCUUAGCUCAUCUCCUUGCUCUUCCCCAGUACUGACCAAGCGCCUGGCCUCUCUAGGCUGCUCUAGUCCGACCUAUCCAUCCUCUUACCAAUCCAGCAUCAACCAGCGAUUCCAAGCAGCACGCCACAAGUUUCAGCAACAAGCUGAGGCAGACCACAAACACGAAGUAUCCAUUGUCCACUCGCCUCGAGACCUCUCUCCUACUGCGGCUGCUCCUACUACUCCAGACAAUUCUACUGCAAAGCAGAUUGCCCGCAACACUGUCACUCAGGUGCUGUCACGGUUCACGAGCCAACAAGUGGCAAGUAAACUCCCUCCGUCCAACAGCUCGCCCUUUGGCACUGAUUACCGCAACCUGGCUGCAGCCUCCUCACCGACAGGGAAGAGCCCAGGGGUUCUUUCACCAGGGAUCCGCUCACCAAUAAUUCCUAGGGCGGAGAAGAUUCAUCCACCCCCUGUUGCUCCCAAAAACCAGGAGGUCAACCAGUCUCCUGGCUCACCGGUUCCUUCUGGCAGGGCCAGCCACUUCCCCGAGCUCUCUGGGAGCUGUGGUCUAGAGUUUGACUUGGUCGUGUCAUCAUCUACUUAACCAGCCUAGAGUCCACAGCCUGUCCUUAGCCUUCUCCACUCCAUUCCCUCCAGUGGCAUCUAAAGCACUCUCUUGAGAACCUCAAGGUUUCCUUCUUUUGUUAUUGUCACCCUUAUUGUCAUGGCAUAGUUGUCAGUUCUGGUCCUUAAGAGGGUAGGUAGUUCGCCAAAAAAUGAAAAUUCUGUCAUGAUUUACUCACCCACAUGCCCUUAUGACAUUUUUGGAUCUUUUUGCUUUCCUGGACUUUCAGUGGAGGGACAGA